GAAGUGAUCAUUUGGGAAAAGCGAACCCGAUCAUGAGCGACGCGUUCUUACACACCAUGACCGAGUACGUCUGAGCUAAUUUAUCCUGAACAUGAAGCACGCAUGCCCUGUGGACACGUGUAACAUUCUACUCUCUUUUCCCCCCAAGACAGUUUGAGGAUUUUCAUUAUGUUUAUCUUUAGUGAUUCAGAACACAGUACAAACUGUCAUAUUCGCCUGACUUUGUCUUUUUACUUUCUGAAAGUUUAAAUUUUUGGAUCUUUCUCUUGGAAUAUUGUUCAUUUAUGUUCGGCUGCUGUUUGUAUAGGCCAAGGCCUGACAGCAUUGACUCAUCAUGUUACUACGUGAAACCUCCAGUGAUGAGGACCAAGGAUGAGCACCCAAAGUCCCAAAGACUGAACCAGAAGGCUAUGGUCAUCAACAAACUGGCCACUCAUGUGCCAGAUCUGGUACUAUCCCGCUCAAAAACAACGCGACUACCCAGCAGCCAAAAAUUUGAAGGGGUGCUUAUGUUUGCAGAUAUCUCAGGUUUCACUGCAUUAUGCGAGCGAUACAGCAUGAGUUCACGAUCGGGCAGUGGCACCGAUCGUCUUUCUCGUACUCUCAACGACUACCUAGGAGAAAUCGUGGAGAACAUUCUAGGCACAGAGGGAGACGUCCUCAAAUUUGCAGGCGAUGCUUUUCUAGCCUUAUGGAAGGUGACUAGAGCAAACAUGGAUCACAUCCUAACACGCGUCAUCAAGUGCGGUCUACGUAUCCAGGAUAGAUGUGACAACUGGGACACAGAGGUUGGAGUCAAACUCAAAGUCAAGAUAGCUGUGUCUAUCGGACCCGUCCGAGUCACGACCAUAGGCAAUGAAGGAUGCAUACAUUUCGUCCUGAGCGGUCCAGCAGUACUCGAGGCGAACAUUGCUGAAAAGUUUGCUCUGUCUGGUGACGUCAUCCUCUCUCCUAAAGUGUGGGCCUACUGCCCUGACCAUGAUCUUAUUGAUCAUACUUUCAAAGCGGAUGACAAGCACAUCGCGGUGACGGCAUAUCAUCGUCGUAAACCAAAGGAACCUGGUAAAGGUAUGAAGGCAUCAUCAAGUCUUCCAGCCAACCAACGCCAGCGUGGAGUAGCUAGUAAAGGCCCUCUUAGAGAUGAGAGAUUUACAGGAUGGAGGCGGCUUUCGACUGGAGCUUACCUCCUUCAGAACCAGGCUGCUACAGCUCGGAUGGGAGGUCAGAAACCCUUGAUGACGGAUGCCAUGUACGGUGAUGCUGGGAUCACUGAUUCGGCUGUUGCACAGGACGCUCGUGGUAGACAGAGGCCUGCCGUGUUUGUUUCGCCAACGGAUGACGAGAAAGCUCGUUUACGGAAAUACAUCAUCAAGCCCGUUCUUCAAAAGAUUGACGAUGAUAUGCCCCUUGAGUACUUGUCAGAGAUGCGUCAAGUUUCUGUCGUAUUCAUCAACCUCAUAUUCGCGAGUGGCGCCGACAUUGACGAAAGCGACAGUCUUCAGGAGGCUUUCAGCAUCAUCUACGACAGCAUGCAUGCAUUUGAAGGUUGCCUGAAUAAGGUUUUCAUGUUUGAUAAGGGCUGCACAUUCUUAGCCAUCUUUGGCCUUCCAGGAUACAAACAUGAAGAUGAUUGUGCACGUGCCCUUAGAUGCUCCUAUCGUAUGAUUGAACUCCUCAAAGGAACAAACAACAUCAUCCAAGCUUCAAUCGGUGUCACAACGGGUGCUUCUUUCUGUGGCGUAGUUGGUCACGUACAUAGGCAUGAAUACACAGUAAUCGGACGAAAAGUGAACAUGGCUGCCCGAUUAAUGAUGCACUACCCAAACAAGGUGUCUUGUGAUCCAGAAACCUUCCAUCACUGCAAACAGCCUCGUGCAUUCUUCCACGAGCUCCCUCUCAGAGAGAUGAAGGGUGUGAGUGAUGCAGGUGUCAUCCAUGAGUACAUCGAAGGCGAUGAACGCCGAGUCUCGACUGGUUUCAACGCUGUUUCAAUACCGGAGUACGAGUAUCCUUUGCUCGGACGUGAUAAAGAGAUGGCCAUCUUUAUGCGUGAGCUUGAUCUUCUUCAUCAGCAGAGAAAACGGGGUGAUCAUCGGAGGAUCAUCGUCUUCCAGGGUGACCCAGGAAUCGGCAAGAGUCGAAUGAUGGAUUCAGCUAUCACGGCAGCUAUCAAAGAAGAUUACACAGUGGUGCCACUAGCGCUGACUCUGAACGAUUCGGGUACCCCGUACUACGUGGUCAAGCUCCUGAUCGCCAUCCUACUGGAUAUGGAAGAUUGUGCCAGCCACGUCGAGAGGGAACAUUCUCUCAUCCAACACAUCAAAGAAGAGAAACUACGAGAAGACCUUUGCUUGCUCAAUGAUCUCUUAGUUCUCAAGUUCCCAACAAACCCACGAUGUCUUCACAUGACCAGUGAGCACCAAACCAAGGCAUUGCACAGACUAUUGGUGCAAAUCAUCAAUCAGUCAACCACGGAUCAGGCUGUCAUAUUCGCCAUCGAUGACGCGCACUACAUCGACAACGAAUCCUGGGACUUCCUUACCCACCUUGCCUCAAGCAACUCAUCAGCAACGCUCCUACUCACCAUGCGUCCGUUGUCCGACGUUCAGCUUUGUCCUACAGCCAUGGCUGUCCUCAAUGCCCAGAAGUGCUAUCACAUCAAGCUAGGACCUCUAAACAAGACAUGCAUGGCGGCCUUGGCUUGUCAGCUCAUGGAUGUCGUUCAAGUGCCCGAAGAACUCGUCAAGAUUCUUCAAGAGAAGAGUCAUGGUAUUGCUUCUUGGUGUGAACAGCUGAUCCGUGAGAUGUUCUCAAGCGAUAAACUGCAAUUAGUACCUCGUCGCAGCCCGGAAGCCAACAAACUGGUAGGUCAGAUCAUGCCCGAUCACUCGGCACUCCAGAAGCGAAGGGAGAGUAGUAGUAGCAGCUACUCUGGCAGACUACCUAGAAGUCGACGGGCCAGCGCCGAUGAGUCUGGGCCAACGUUCCAGCUUCCAGCUGAGGCGACGAAGAGACUUCAGCAACUCGAGCAGGGUAUUGAUGAUCAGGGAGAGACAGAUACCAGUGUAGUGUGUAUUGUCGCACCCGGCGUACAACUACAAGAUCUUGAGAUACCAAACUCAAUGAAAGGUAUCGUCAUCUCUCGCAUUGAUCGCAUGAAGCCCACGCAGCAACUCAUCGUCAAAUGCGGCUCUGUACUCGGCAUGACAUUCUCUCGACGGAUGCUAGAAGCCAUCUUACCUCAUAACACGAAAUGGCGCAAGGCCAUCCUACGUAAAGCCAUACACGCACUCAUGUUGGCAGGAAUCUUCGAGUGUGCCAUGUACUUCCACGAUACUCACCCUACCUCCAAGAUGCGCAGCACACUGUCUGCGGUGGUUUCGCAUAGCCACGGGCACGGUCAUCGCUUCAAUACCAGAGUUGAUUGUCAUUGUGACGGCUAUGCUCCGGAUCUGGGUCCUAAUGCUGAAAUCACAAACUGCAGAAAUCUGCGUUUUGUGAGUGCGCUCCUUCAGGAGACGCUGUACGAAAUGCUCCUGUUAGACCAGCGCAAGAAGCUCCACCGUCUCUCCGCUCUCUACCUGGAGUCCUUCGCACACCGAUGUGACUCUUGUGGAGGUGGAGAAUUCCUGGCCGGGCAUCAGGAGACCGAUGAAGAAGACGAAGAAGAAGAAGGAGAAGAGGAUGUUGAUGACGCUAAGAGCGGGGGAGAGACGUCAGCCAGUAGCGCGCCAAAAGACGAGCCCACCAACAGUGACCGAGGCGGGGCUACUUCAAAGACCAGUACUGAAAAUGAAACAUCGAAGAGAAACGAGACGACGGGCUUGAACGUCAUGCAGGGGUUCCGAGGUCGAAACCAUUCAAUCGUCCAGCCCUUGUUAGAGAGCGAAGAAACGGCAGACAAAGACGGUGUCGAUGAGAAGCCAACGCAUCAUGUAGAGAUGGAAGAGGAGGAUGAAUCUUCAGAUGAUGAUGAUGAGGGACCACACGGGACAGGAACAGGACGCCGCAACACCAUCAGUCUCCGCAAGGGUUCGGUCGACAGUACUCUUAGCAUUAUUAGUUUUGAUGAGAAAGAUGAAUCAAAGGACAAGAGUGCACACCGGGCACACAAGGGUAGUAAGACUGAUGUUGAGUUUGAUAGCCUAGAUCUGCGAGAGUGCAGCUGUGCAGAAGUUCUCAACUCAAUCCUCUCACAGAUAGUGAGACACUGGAGAGCGGCCGGUAACACGGCUAAGACGAUCUACUAUUUGCUGGAAGCAGGCGCUGCGGCGGUUGCUACGGGCAACAACAUGCAGGCUUUGUCAUAUCUGCACGAAGCAAAGCAUUUUAUCCAGGAGCUUGAUGUAGGUGAGAAGCCGUUAGCUGAAGAUCCUAAAGAACCUCAUGAAAUCAUCAUAAAGAAGCAAGAGAGAGCCAUUAUUGAGAGGAUGAUGGGACAGACGAUGUUUCGGAUGGGCCGAGUAGAAGAAUCUGUGCCUCACUUCUAUGAAGCUCUGUCCAUACUAAGGAAUAAACAACCACAGAGUAUGACCGGGAAAUGGUCCAAACUCAUCGGGGCUGGCUUCAUGCAGCUAUUGCAUCUCUCCUUCCCCACCAGGCUCCACGGCAGAAUAAGUUGCAGAAGGUGGAAUCGGUUCAACGAGCAAGCCCGAUGCCUCACCCACUUAUGGUACUUUCACCUCAAUAAUCGUGACUUCACGCAGGCACUGGUGGCUGUCUUACAGCAGAUGAACAGAUCGGAAGCAGCUAAUAAUGAUCUCACUGAGGUUAUCAGAUCCUACAGCAACAUGAUGGAAACAUGCCAUUCCUAUCGGUGGAGAAAGCUGGGACGUCGCUAUGAAAAGAUCGCCAUGGAAAGAUGUGUUUCGUCUCCUAGAGAAGUAGGAGCAGAAGAGUUAGCCGUCAUCAGCCAUCUCUAUUGUGUUAGUAUGAAGAUACGACUAGCUCAGGGCAAGAUUCAGGGUGCCAUUGACACAGGAUACAGUGCACUGAAAGUAGCUGAGAAACUGCAUGAUAAUGAGAUGGCCAUUCAAGUACUACCAACCCUCGUCAGAGCAUUGGUGAUUGCUCAAAGGACGUCAUCAGCUAUCGAGAAGCUUAAGAAGUUGGACUAUGCGGCCACGGAGGAGGAAGAUGUCCUAGGCAAGGGAUUCUACAAUAACGGAUGCAUUGAUCUCGUUUUAGAGACCGGUGUAUCUUUAGAGAGUAACGAAGCUCUGACUCAGUUCUGUCGACAUGCAGCCAGCGAUUCGGCUUUCUCCAUCAACACCGUGCCAAGAUUCCAUCUCAUGGCAUGCCUGGCUCUAUGGUGUGCUCGUCAAAGCCGGUAUGAGAUGUCCAAUGAGUGGUUGGUUUUACUGGAAGGUGUAAUGCCUGUUCAUCGGACCUGCUUCUUAGCCAUUGAUGGCCUGCUCAAACUGGCUGAAUGUCAUCUUGUUAACUACUACAACUGCCUCAAGAAUGCCUACCAGAACACUAGGGAAAGGUCUCGUGUUAAGGCUAAGGGGAUUCUGGAUCACCUGAAAGCCGAGAUGAAGCUGUUUCCAGUCUUCAUUCCUCGGAUGUUGCACAUGAAGGCUUACUACGCCAUGUUGCUAGGCAACAGGAAUCAAGCCAAAAGGCUCCUCGCCAAGUGCUUGAAGGAGAGCGAGAAAACAGGCAACCUGAUGGAGCUGAAAUGGGCUCAACAGAGCUGGGAUUCUUGGGCUGACACUACUGGAGAGAAUGUGAAGGGUCAGGAAGGCUUGUGGCUGACUAGGUCGGCUGAUGACUCCAACACGGGUAAAGGAGGUGCAUCUGAUAUCGAGCCUGUCAAGUUCUUGUUGCCUCUUCCUCGGCCUGAUGCAGAGUAAUUGAUCGGCUCCUGACGAUCCACACACGUUUCUAACUAAGCUGUCUUCAGUCGGUUUUUACAUAUUUGGAUGAACCUUUAUCCCUUGAAGGUGAUUGGUUUUAGCUGGGCCAUUGAUGUUUCUAUCAAGUUUAUAAAGUGUAAAGAGUUGAAUGCUCAUUAAAAUUUCACCUAGAUUUUCAUACGUUUACACUCGCCUAAAUUAUUUUUGUUGUUGCAUUUGGAUUUUAUUCUCUUUCUUGCGAAUGUUACUGCAAAUAAGAUUUUGUUUGUUUUUAAGAAAAUUGCUUUGGAACGUCAUAAAAUGAUUGUUCUUUUUACACUUAACAAUUUAAUUGUGUAGGCUUAGCCUCACGUUUAUAAAAUUGUAAUUCUAAUAUUUUGAUUCAGAGAAUUCAUGAAUUUAUGAUGAUAUGAAUGAAAUUACUUCUGUCUUCCAGAACUGUCAUAGAUUGAAUCGCCUAGGCAUUGAUUACAAUGUUUUCUGUACAUAGAGAGGAUAUAAGUUAUCUUGUAAGAAUUGUUUUUAGAAUACAUGUAUUUAUGAAAUUGAAAUUACCAGGCUUGUCUAUAAGGAAUAUGUUAGAAAUUGUUUAUUGUCAUUGUUGUUUUUUAAUAUGUAAAUAUUUAUUAUCGAUCUCUGAUAUUUUUUUUAUCAAAAUAAUAUUACUCAAGAAUAAACUGCAAAUAAUUUUAAUUUAUUAUGAUAUCAAAAUAUUUACCUAAACAGAUCUUACUGUUUGCCUUAAAAAGAGGAAUAAUAUUACAUGACUAUUGUAACGGCAUACAGAAUUUAAAAAUAGAUACUUGUCUUUUUUGCAUUACAAAAAAUAGAAAUGUACAUUUUGUUUUGUAUGUUGACAACUUGUUUAAUUUAAAGACGGGAUUAAUUCAAAAGAUUGUACAACAUUACGAUUACAAAGACGUUUGGGGCCUAUUAUGUAGUCAUUUUGGGGGGAUGAAUUGGCCAUUUUGCUCAAGUACUUUCACUCUGUUCAUUUCUUGCUUGAGGUGUUGUAUUCAAGAGGUUUGAGCACUUGACUAGAGAUGCAACAGUUUGAGGUUCGUGCCUUGACAUGACUCUUGAGUGGUGUGGAAAGAGAUUUAUCUACAGUCUGCGACACUUUACCCAGAUAUAGUUAAUUGGUACCGGAUAGGAUUUAUUAAUGCAUGCACUAGACACCACGGCAGCUAAGUCAAUGAUAUUUGCAAGAGCGCAGAGACGCGGUUCCAAAGUGCGAUGAAUGUUUUUGAAAAUGCUUUAUUAUUAUCACCAUUCAUCAAAUAAAGUGGCCUCUACCAAAUAAGAUAUGCGGCAGCUAUGUGUUUGGGCUUCCUUUCUGUCUUCUACUUUAGGUUUAUCUCUUCGCCCAACGCACAGACCUGAAACUUCAAACCAGGUGCAAUAUGCUCAUUUUCUCUCAGGUUCAGUUGGUCAAAGGUUAUUAGUUAUUGUUAUUAAUUGAUGAUACUUGAGUGGGCAACCACUAUAAAGAUGACUCUGGUGUAAAGAAAUACCCAAUUCUCAGUCUGUAAAUACAUACCACUAGAAGAGCCUCAUAUGUUGGUGUAUUCAAAGUUUUGUUGAAGACGCACUUGUUUAUAGGAGCUUUUGAAUAGUUUUGUUUAAAUCAUUUUAUUGUGUAUUUGUAAGGUCGCGCUGUUGGGAGUUUUUUUUUCUUCAUCACAGCGCAAAAUUGAUUAGCUGCGCUAUAUAAAUUGAUGUAAUUAUUAUUAUUACAUGAAGAUAUGUUAGAUGAAUAAAGGGAUUCAUCAUUGCAUUUAGUUGCUAUCAGUGAUACUUUAGAACUCUUAUUGAUGCAAUCAGGUAAAGAAAUGUACGUCGUCAUCUCUAAUUAUUAAAAUUGAUCAUUCCAUAUUUAUUCGAAUACUUUAAUUUCUUCUUUAAAUCGACCACACUACAGUAUUCCUCUUUCAGUGUUUCUCGUCGACAGUUACACAGACGUUCUACAAUCUUUGUUCUACGAUGUAGAAUAAAUUAUAUGUCAAAUUUAACAUUGCAAUUCAUCUCUCAAGGUUAUAUUUUUCACGUACGUGUUAUUGGUAUUUUAUCGCCCUGGAUGCAUUUUAUCCGAUUCGGGCGACCUGAUAAUUGAUUUUAUAAUAAAAGUCUUCAUACCAUUGUACUGCGUUACUAAUUAUAUCUGUUAUAAAGAUAAUUGAUUAUACAAAGUUUUUACACCCUGAUUAUCCCAAUUCAACUCUUUUAUUGAAUUUUCAUUGUAAAAUAUCCGAAUUUUCUGCAUUAAAUUUCGAAAUUUCUAUGAAA